AUGGCGCAGCUCGCCGACCAGCACGGUCUUCUCUCCAUGGAGGAGACCCAGAACGUGUACGCCCUCGGCCAGCUUCCCGGCGUGCGCGACCAGCUCGUCGCUCUGCGAGACCAACUGCGCAUCAACCCGCACGACGCCGGCGCCGUCGGCCAGCUGCACCGCUUCAUCAUUGGCGCCGUCCAAGAGUUCCAGCACCUCGACAACGCCGACUACGACGCCCUCGGUCCGACACGCGUUCCUCCAGUGCACGACCUCAAGGCGUUCGACGAGAUUUUGCGCGCCGCGCUCGCCCAACCCGACGGCACGCCGCUCCGCAUCAUCGUCGAGAUCCUCGAGUGUCUGCCCUACGACCACCCGAAGAACUUUCACCCGCUGCGGCGAGACGUUCCCGGCGACCCUGAGCCGCAAGGCACUCGCCUCGUCGUGCUCGCCGUCGAGGCCGUUCUCGGCGCCAUCGCUCCCGACCUCAAGUACUGGGUGCACGACCCGUUCGCGCAAUGUCGAGCUCCUCCUCUUCAAGCGGCGGUCGAGCGCGGCGCUCUUGGCUCGACCAGGGUCCCGGCGGCGUGGAUCGAGACGGCGCAGCUUCUCUCAGAGAUCUUCUUCGACCUCAUCCAGCACCUCAACAUCGAGGUCACGCACAUCAUGGCCAACGGCGACGUCGCCCGUCGUCUCGCCGACAUGCCCAACCUGAACGGCGCGCUCGACCUCUUCUCGGAGACGCUCCGGUCCGCCUUCUUCGGCCUCGAGGCGUACCAGCUGUACCACCCGUCGGUCCUCGCCAACUCGGCUUACGUCGAGCUCCGCACCGCCCUCCUGUACCGCCGCUGCAUCAUCCUCGCCUGGAUCGCCGACAAGCCCGACCGACUGCGCGACAUCUACGACGCGCUCGCGGCCUUGCUCCAGCUCGAGGUCGACACGUUCGACGUCAUCGCCGGCGUCGCUCGCUACGACGCGACCACCGACCCGGACCUGCACGACACGUUCUUCGCGGUCUCGUGCUUCGUCAAGGGGUUCGUGCGCCUGUUCGGCACGGGCAAGUUUGGCCGUCGGCCGCAGCUUGACGAGACGAACUCGGGUACGAUCGCCUGCUCCGGCUACGUCGCUCGCCGCCGCGCAUGGGCCAAAAAGUACGACCGCAAGGACGAGCCCGAUCUCUCGGUCGAAGCCUGGCUCACGCUCUUCGAGAAGGAGGACCCGAGCACGCUCCGAGCGCUCCUCGUCGACAGCGGGUUUGGAGAGGCCGAGUCCCUCGCGCCCGAGGAGAUCUUGCCGUUCUUCCGCACGGUCAAGGAGGAGCUCGUUGCCAAAGUCGGCGCUCUUGACGAUCCGCCUUUCGGGUCGGCAGCUCCGUCGACCACCGAGCCCCAUAUCAACUCGAACGAGCGGCCUCGCGCUCAGCCAAGUCAAGCGCGCAAGAUCCACAACCGUCAACGCAAGGCGUGGGAGCUUUCGGGUCGCCAAGGAGAGCCAGGAGACUGGCACAUGACGGGGCUCGAGCGCUCAGGUCGUCAAGGAGCGCCUUGCUACCGCCUGCUCAACCUCGCGACCGUUUCGGGCCCGUCCGGGACGGCCGGCUCUCAGGCGAUCGGGCUCGUGAGCGAGUUCUCUCCUCCCGCGUUCGCCGUUCCUGCAUCCGGCAAGAGCACCCCGGUCGCCCUCAACAUCGAGAACCUCGACCUGUACGCCGCCGGAGGUCUGAUCGGCAAUCUGACGCAGCUCGUGACGGCGGGCUCUCUGGGCCGUGCGAGGGCGCGCAUCGCGCAUUUGUAUAGUUGA